GUCGCUUCGAAGCUGAGGGAAGGCGAAGGGUUUUCGCCGCGGUCCGGACGGGGAGAAGCAGCCACGCCAGACCGCAGCUCGGGACUCUGCUUCCCCGCCGCGCAGAGGGAAAAGUCGCUGCCUGUUUUCGACGCGGGCCAGAAAAGGGGAAGCAGGCUCGCUUGAGGUCGACAGGGGAGUAGGGCGCUUAACAAUCGCUGCGAGUCAAGGCGUCGAAAGAGGACCCCGGCAGACCAGAGGGACUGGGGAGCAGAAGACUUAGAAGCUAGCAGCGUAACGCGUCAAGAGCCGGCAGUGCGCGGGCUCCGAGAAACAGGCGCUCGCGGCGUAUUGGAUGGAGUAGACCAGCGUCCGAAGGCUGGAGUUGGGGAGCUCCGCCGCGGGCCUGGCGAGCUUGCGAGCAGUCCGAGAGUAGACCUGUUGUGGCAGGUCUCUCUGACUUCUUCCCCAUGUGGCUGCCAUCAACGCCGGACGCCUCGAAAUGAAGCGAGCCGCAGAAGUGCGGCAGGUCUCGGACUGGAGCGACUUCGUCCGCGGCCAAGACCUGCGGGAGCUGCUGGACCAGCGCCGAGCAGGGGAGGCUCCCAGCCGCAUUGUAGCCAGCCCUGACAGGCAACAUCUGCUCCUGCUGUGGAACCAACCGGCCUCCCCGGCCCGGGUCGUGGCCUUUCAGCGCCUGGGCACUGGCGGAGGCGAUCUCGAGAGGAGCUGGCAGCCGCCUCAGCCGCCUGUGGUUGGGCUCCUUUUCCUGGAAAGCUGUGGGGGGCCUGCUUUCUGGGUGCUGACUGUUGUCUGGGAGCAAGGCAGGACUGAGCUCUGGCGCUUCGUGCCAGCAACCGGGUGGUGCCUGCUGCAGAGUCUAGAGCUGUGCUGUGGAGCCCGGGCCCGCAUUGUCUCCAUUUGUAACUGGGGUACCCGUCUGGUGUGGUGUGAGGAGAGACCCUCUCUAAACGUCCAGCAGACCCCAGAGAAGAGAGCCUUCAGGUACUGUAUCUGCACUCGAGACCUUCAGAUUGGUGAGAACGGUGCCCAGCUCAGCCCCCUGCAGAUUGUCUUACACAACAGCCCUGCUUACCAAGUGCUGGCCUCAUCCUCUGGUGUGUUUUUGGUGCCCACCCGAGCCACUUUCUCUGGUGUAGCCAAGUGUGUCCUUAUCUGGCGUUUGGAAAAUACUGACAUUGUUGUUGCUGCUCCAUCCAGAGGGUGCAUUUCCACUAAAUUAUUGCAUCCUGGCAGGGAAGUGGACUUUAAGAAGCUCAUCUUGGGAUAUGUGGGAAUUCUAGCAUCCCUGGAGAUUUUGGAUAUUCAUAGCUGUAGCCUGUCAACCAGCAAAGGACUCCUCCUUGUCACCAGCUCAGGAGCUGUGGACUUGGUUCAACCCAAUGGACUGUGGAGACCUGUCUUUGACUUUGGAGAAAGUGCCUUGACCCCAGGGGAGGAAGUCCAGUUAAAAGUAUUUGGGGACACGCUUGCUUGCUUGCAGGGAGGCAUUCUUUGUCUUGUGGACUUGAACAGUAGACAACUGCUGGAAAAGAAACUCCUGAGCAUAGAAAUGCUUUUCUUGGAUUUCCAUGCAGAGGAAGAAGAGGCAGCAGUGGUGCAGCUUCUUGGCCCAAAUGGCAUUUACCAGCUUGACUUCUCUGGGACUGACAAGGACAGCCAACCUGAGCCCACCUUGGUGGAGAUGGUCUUUGAAGAAGCAUGCAAAUAUUAUCAGCGGCGGAGUUUGAGCAGCUCCCAGCUCACUGUGGAGAAGCUAAAGAAGGGGGGCAUGUUUCAGGCUCCCAUUGCUCUGUCUUCCAUUCUGUGCCAUAGCCUUGCUUCAAAGGAUAAGAGGACUGGAGCUCUCCCAGAGCCUUAUGCCAAGCUUUUGAGCACAAUGCAAUUAGAAUUGCAGAGCUACCAGAACCUGGAAUUUCUCAAGUCAUGUAUGGUUGGGGCCUCCAAAAGUGAAGUGGACAGGUAUGGUGAGGAGUUGGUAGAACAGGAGCUUAAUCGCCUUCUAUGCUUGGAUUUAAACAGGGAGAACCUGGUUUACAUGAAUGUCAUAUUCAGUUCUUUCCCUGUGGCCUCCUGGAAGGCUAUUCAGAACCAUCUGCAACUGCAACAGAAUGGUGAUGGCCUGUUAAUAGCCAGAGCUACCCCAGAGGGGUGGAAGAAAAUUCUUGGGGGGCCUUUGCCCAGCCUGUGCAAGCAAGAUGCCUCUCUGAAUGGGGUUGUCCCCCUCUUUGAACUCAUCUGUCUGUCUCUUUAUCAGUUUAAGCCUAAAUGGCUGCCUAGGUUUGUGGAGCUAUCCCAGCAGUAUGCGGGUACCUCUUGGGCUUACAACAAGGAGGGCCCUGAGGGUGGGGUGCCCCUUUAUAAGAGAGCCCUAGCUGUAGUGACAAGGAAGAGUAGCUGUUCUGUAGCUUACCCAGAAAUGGAGAUUGAGCUCCUUCUGUGCAGCCAACGGCCCAAAGCCAUCCUGCAGGCCAUGGAUCUCCUUAUUUGCCACAGGAGAUGGCAGUGCGUGAUGGACACAGCAGAGAAAUUCUCCAAGCUAAGCCCUUUGCUGAACAAAGAAAUUUUUAUUGUCCUCCUGAGAGAGUUUGCCCAGCAUAGGGCACUGGACCCUUACUUAGAUAUGUUAUGGGAACUCUGUCCUGCAGAUCUGAGUGCUUCUGACAUACUGAGCAUUAUUCAACAGCAUUUACCCCAAACAGAACUUGACCAGCCACCCUUUCUCCCAGAUGGGGCACCACAACUGACUGUUGGCUUGCUCAAGCCACUGUUACAUCGACUGGCAUGUUGCUCAGCCAGCCAGGAUGAAAUCUAUGCUGAUGUCUUACAAGGGCCAUCUUUUCCUCCUCCAACCCCACCUAGGCACCACCAAGUUGCUGCAAAGACAGCUCCUGCUCAGGAGGAGCAUGUGCAAAGGACUGAGCCCCUUCACAGCCACACAGAAGGCAUGUUGUUUGAGGGCAUGUGAACUUGGCACAACAUAACACAUGUAGGUGGAGGUGGGCAAAAUGGUGUCCAAAGCAACUGGUCCUGGCAAAAUCACGAUCUGCAGCCUGUGUAUCCCACUUAGGACCUGCAUUGCAAAGUUGCCCUUGCCCCAGUGGGUGACAAACCCCAAAGUUCUCUGAACUACCAAGAGGUAUAUUUGGAAGAAUGCAAAACUGCUUAUGCAGCAUGGAUUUGGGUACCUUAAAUAAGAAUGAACAUGCAUGCAAGAGAAUUAUACCAUUGCUUAUAUAGCAAAGUGACAUGAAGAUCUACUUCAGAUUACGUUCUCAACUUUCCAUUAAUGCUGGUGUAAUUUUUUAAUCUCCUUGUACAUUUUGGUAAAUGUCAUUUCAUAUCCAUAAGUAAUAUUUGCACAUGGGCCUAGUGACAUGGGGAAAUUGCCUAGCAUUGACUCAGUUUAAGGCAUAUUCUCAGACCCACAUCACUAUGCUUUAGUGUCUGCAGUUAUUUAGAGCAGGGAUUUUUUUUCCUAGUACUGUGCCAGCUUAUUGGGGGCAAAGUUUCACUGGCCAGGAUUAUAUUUUCCCUGAAAUUAAAGUUUGAAACUCCCUGAUGAA